AUGAAUAAUGUGGACGAAUGUCAGGACGCGAUCUGGACGGCCCUUCCCCUGGCUGAUCCCGCAUCCAACACUGAGUUCGUACCCGAAUCUCUGCCAUACUACACGUCCAUCGUGCUGCCAGCCAUCUGGCCCGCCUUCCUCGUGACCGGCCUGGCCGCCGCCUUCCUGCUGACCCUCAUCCUCUGGCGCGCGGUCCGACGCUGCGUGCUCCUCGCCCGCCCGCGCCAGCUCACCCACGUGGCGCGCCUGCGGAAGGUCCGCGCCCUGCAUCGCGUCCGGGUCUGGGGCGCUGCCGGCGCCCUGUGCGCUGCCGGGGUGCUUGUCGGCGUGGUGCUGGCGGGGCCCUGGGGCGGACCCCACAUCGUGCCCAGGACCUUUGAGGUGGUGGACGGUGCCCGGGGCUACGUGGCAGGCGUGCUGGGCACGGCCGACGCCGCGGUGGCGGACGCAGAGGCCCUGAACGGCACACUGGCCGACAUACAGUCCUUCCUGGGCUCCAACGUAGACGCGCCGGGGCUGGACGCCUCGCUGGAGUGCCUGCGCCCCUGGCUGGACGCGCUGCCCGACGUUCCCACCCUGCUGGGCACGCUGGACGGCGCGCAGACCCUCCUGCGCGGCACCGUGCUUCCGUCCCUGCUCCGGCUCCAGUCCGGCGUCGGCCAGCUGGCGGCCGACGUGGGCACCGCCGCCGCCCCGGGCACGGCCACGGCCGCGCUGGCACAUGCCGCGACCUCCCGCGCCGGCGCCGUGACGCUGGUGGCCCAGGCCCAGGCGCUGGCUGCGCUGCUGGAGGCGCUAGCCACCGACCUGGAGGCGCUGGCGGCCACGGCUGGGACGCUGGGAGACGUGGCGGCGGCGCUGGACGCGCUGGCCCCCGCCGCCACGCGCCUGCUGAACGAGACGCUGCCGGCGCUGGUGGCGGCGUUCCAGGGCGUGCAGGAGGGGUACGGGGGCGUGGAGCCCUGCGUGAACGCGCUGCUGGCCGCCGCGGAGCGCGUGGAGGCGCGCGUGCUGGCGCUGCCAGCCGCGCUGCGCGGCCAACUGGCGCUGCUGGGCGAGGUGCACUCCGCGCUGCGCACGCUGAGCAACGUCACCACCGACUGGGGCGCUGAGGUGGACGGCCUGGCCGACCGCCUGGACGUGGAUGCGGUGCUGGGCGGGCUGCGGUCGCCGCUGCAGAGCAUGCAGGGCCGGCUGGCGGGGCUGGGCAACCUGACCGCCACGGCCCAGACCCUGCGCGACACGGCGGCGACCAUGGAGGCGGGGGAGGGCGCGCUGCGCACGCUGCGCACGCUGGCCGCCGCGGCGUCGCUGACGUCGGCUCGCUCCGUCAUCUCCUCUGCGCUGAGCGACGUGGCGGCACCUCUCCAGGAGGCGCACACGGAGGUCCUGGGACGCAUCGACUCCACCGUGCGCGACGUACGCCCCACCGCAGACCGCUGGGACACUGUGCGCCUGGUCGUCAUGUAUGUCAUCCUCAUCCUGAUCGGCCUGCUGGCUGUACAGACUGCCGCAGCCAUCUGGCUGAGGUGGCCGGCAGGCGUCAAGCUGGGGGCUGCGUUGAUCGCCAUCUUCCUCCUCCUGGCCGGCGUGGCUGUGCUGGCGCUGACGGCAGGGUUGAAGAUUGGGAAUGACGGGUGCUUCAACCUGGAGGAUCAGGUGCUGCUGAGGCUGAGCAGGCUGGAGAGCCCCGGCGCCGCCUUGACACUCGCCAAGUACUGGCUCUUGAACGAGGGCACCGUGGACGAGGUGGCCAAGCAGGUGCUCAGCCUGGAUGUGGAGGGCGUGCUGGACCAGAUCUCGAACAGCCGGGAGGACCUGCUGGAAGCCAUCCAAAACCUGACCCUGCGCGCGCCGCUGCAGAGCUUGGUGGACGCCGCGCUGGACGCGACGCAAAACAUCAGCUCCGGCAUCCUGCUCCUCCAGGACCGGCUGGACUACGCCAACGUGCACCCAGAGUACAUGUCUCUGAAGAGCUACGCCUGCUGCAGCAUCCUCAACACAGCUGGGCACCUGUGGUUUGCCCUGCUGCUGGUCGCAGGGUUUGGCAUCACGCUGUGCGUGCUGUGCCUGCCCUGCAUACACAGCAUGGACGACGUGCCCAAGCAGGGCUGGGGCAUGCGCAUCAGCAACGCCUGCCUCGCCCGCCUGGCCCGGCCCCUCGCCAGCCAGGGCCUGGAGGCUGGGACGCGAGACACCUGCCAGGAAGCCGGCCAGGACCGGAAUCGCCGUGAUUCGUGA